AUGGAGAACCCCGCGGGGGAGGACCCGCCAGAAGACGACGCUGCUCGCGCGGCAUCGGACGUCGACCCUGACCACGUUGCUCUCCAGAGGGCGGCCGAGCCUACAGCUGCUGUUGGGGACGCCGCGCCGCAGACCACGGAGCAGCCUGCGAUGACAACCGCUGCUACGAGCGCCGAGGAUCAUCCGGCCCCGGCGGGUGCCGCGGCGAGGACCCCGACGAGGAACGAGGAGGCUGUGAGGACGCCUCCCCCGAGUAUCGUUGUGGAGGAGGAGAGCAGAGCCCCGACUCCUCCAGCCGAAGAGAGGGGAGUCCCAACGCCGCCCCGAGCAGGGGCCUCGCCGCCCGUAGGCUCCCCUAGCCUGAACCAGGGGCCAGUGAUGCCUACGGGCGCAGCCGGUGGUAGUACGGCGAAUGAGGAGACCCAGACGGCCUCUGACGAUGAUGUGGAGGAGAUCCAAGACUUUGAGGAGGAGGUUGCACGCCUCCGGCAAGAGAAGGAACAGCUUGGCCAGGAGCUUGCCGGGGCGCUGGAGACCGGGCGUCGAGCCGGCGAGGAGCUAAGCAACAGGAAUCGGGAGUUGUCUGAUGUACUUUGUUCUUCUAGCGCGGCGUCGGAUGUCAAUCCCGACCAUGCCGCCGACCAGGGGGCAUCCGAUCCUGCCGCCGUCGACGCCGCGCCGCAGGCCAUGGAUCAGCCUACGGCGGCGGCUGCUGCUGCAGGCACAGAGGGGCAGUCUGCCCCAGCGAGUGCCGCGGCGAGUACUCCGCCGAGGAACGAGGAGGCUUCGAGGACCCCUCCCCCGAGCGCUGCUGCUCAGGAGGACAACCGAAUCCCGACUCCAGCCGAAGAAGGGAGGGGCCCGACACCGCCCCGAGCAGGGGCUUCUUCACCCGCGAGCUCUCCUGGCCUAGGCCGGAGGCCCGUAAUGCCUUCGACCGCAGCCGGGAACAGCGCGGCGAAUGAGGAGCCCUGGGAAGCCUCUAACGACGACGUGGGGGAGGUCCAGGGUCGUCCCCGUGAUGGCCGCCAGCAUGUCUACAUGUGGCGCCAGCGCGAGGACCACUUUAUUGGUCAUGAAGAGCUUGUGGAGACGGGGGAGGCUGCGAGGGUGGAGCGUGCAGCCAAACGUCUUGUAGAUGAGGUCAAGGGUGUCAUGACAACGGCGAAGUACCGGAAGAGCGCGGCGUCGGAUGUCAAUCCCGACCAUGCCGCCGACCAGGGGGCAUCCGAUCCUGCCGCCGUCGACGCCGCGCCGCAGGCCAUGGAUCAGCCUACGGCGGUGGCCGCUGCUGCAGAGCUUGCGAAGACGGGGGAGGCUGCGAGGGUGGAGCGUGCAGCCAAACGUCUUGUAGAUGAGGUCAAGGGUGUCAUGACAACGGCGAAGUACCGGAAGAGGUUAUGA